GCGUACGAGCUGAUGAACGCCACUAUUUCGCUACACGUCACCAACUCUCACGGCUACAUCCGUAACGGAAAGUACGACGGGUUGCUGGGGGACCUGUUCAACGGGCUGGUGGAGACUGGCGGCACCGUCAUGCUGCCUGUCGCCUUCCGGAUGAUGGCCAUCACCUACCUGGGCAUCAACAUCCCGAUGCGCGCCGUGACGGUGUUCCGCCAACCGCCGCUGGCCUACACGGACAACGUGUUCUGGUUGCCGUUCCCUGACUCGCUGUGGGCCGCGGCGCUGAGCCUCGUGGCGCUGUGCUGCGUCCUCGCCGUCCUGGCACUGUACCUCGAGCCGAACUCGGAAAGCGGCGACGGCGCCGGCGGCGGGACGGGUGACUCUCACGCCAGCCUGAGAGUAGCGCGGCGGCCGCAGGGCGCGGGCAGGGGCGGCUACAAGCAGCCGCUGCGCGCCUCGCUGUCGGACGUCUUCCUGCUGGCCUUCGGCGCUAUCGCCCAGCAGGGUUCGCCGGUCGAGGCCCGUGGUGUGGCGUCGCGCAUCGUCACCUUCCUGCUGUUCCUCGCCGUGCUGCUGCUCUAUACGUGCUACUCGGCCUCCAUCGUGGUGCUGCUGCAGAGCUCGUCCAGCUCUAUCCGCACACUGCGAGACGUGUGGAAGUCUCGCCUGACCGUGGGCGUCGAGAAUAUGCCCUACAACGUUUACUUCAUCACUGUAAUUUUUUUAGAGCAAUGGAAUGAUUUCGAUGCUAUAGAUCAAGAGACUACAGAGAGGGGACAGGAAGAUCUCUGCGUGGCGUGA